AUGGCCGAGCCAGGACCAGAUCUUCCCCUGGCAGAGAAGGAGGCAGAGGCCGCUGCUGAUAGCACGCCAACCGAAGAGAAGGAGGCUGUAAAGGAGGAACCAGACCCUUCCCGGAUUGAGGUGGUGUCAGUGACUGAUGAGGAACUACCUGCUGUCGAGACUCCAACCACAAUUAAUGUUAGCCCUCUUGGCAGUCCUGAGUCACUGCCCCUAGAAGGCACAGACCCCGAGAAGCCUCCUCUUAACGCUGAAUCCCUGAAUCCUCCAACAGACCCCCCUGCCCCUCCACCACAAAGCCCAGGCAUGCCCAGCACCAAGGUGCAGCCUUUCCUAAAUGGUAUGGAGACAACACCCAUCAGAGAAUAUGACCUCGCAGAAAAGACACUACGUGGCCGGAUUCUCGCACGGCGGAUGGAGCUCCUCAUCGGUGCUUGUGUGCUGGUCAUACUCUGCCUCGCUAUUGGCAUAGGAGUGGGAGUGGGUCUCAGCUGCCCAGGGAAGUUCCGCUGUGGGUCAUCGUCCCGCUGCAUCAGCAGCUCUGCGCAGUGCGAUGGCGUUAUUGACUGCGAGCACGGGGAGGACGAGCUGCGCUGCGUGCGUCUGAGCGGUAAGAGCUCAGUGCUCCAGGUGCUGAUUGGGGGGGUGUGGAGGACUGUUUGUUCAGAGGACUGGAGCCCCAGACUGGGCUUCUCUGCCUGCAAGCAGCUGGGCUACUCCAGUUAUGUAAAGUCCAGUUCCCUCCCCCUCUCAUCCAUUGAGGAGGACUAUCAGGACCACCUGGUGUCAAUCAACCUGAGUCAGUCUGCCUCCCAACAGCCAGUCAAGAUCCACAACUCCAGCAACCUCAGUAAAACUCAGUGCAGUUCAGGGAGAGUGACUUCUCUCAAGUGCGUGGAGUGUGGCUCCAGGCCUCAGUUCCGCACACGUGUUGUGGGGGGUAACCUAUCGAGAGAGGGGCAGUUCCCCUGGCAGGUGAGUCUGCACAUCCAGAGACAGCACUUAUGUGGAGGGUCCAUUAUAGGCCAGCGCUGGAUCGUGACUGCUGCUCACUGCGUGUACGGGUUUGCUUCCCCAUCGUUGUGGGCGGUAUACGUAGGAUUGGUAGAGCAGCCAGCCAAUGGAGCCAAUUCUCUCACUGUAGAGAAGAUCAUCUACCAUGGCCGCUACAGACCCAGGGGCUAUGACUAUGACAUAGCCCUCAUGAAGCUGGCAGAGCCACUAAACUUCAAUGGGUACGUGGAGCCCAUCUGUCUUCCUAACUUCGGGGAGCAGUUUGAGGAUGGGAAGAUGUGCUGGAUCUCCGGAUGGGGGGCCACAGUGGAUGGGGGUGAGGCCACUGUGUCCCUCCGGUUCGCCAGAGUCCCACUGCUCUCCACCAAAGCCUGCAACCAGCCGAGCGUGUACCCAAACUUAAUCUCAUCCUCGAUGAUCUGCGCUGGGUACCUGGAGGGCGGCGUAGACACCUGCCAGGGGGACAGCGGGGGGCCUUUGGCUUGUGAGGACUCGUCAGUGUGGAAGCUGGUGGGGGCCACAAGCUGGGGUGAGGGAUGUGCAGAGAGGAACAAGCCGGGAGUCUACGCGCGCAUCACCCAGUUUCUCAACUGGAUCCACGAACAAAUGGAGGUGAGAGUGUGUGUGCGUGUUCCUGUCUCCCUGUCCACUGGUGCAAUGACCUAUGACUGGCAGCUGGGCCUCAUUCUCUCCUCGCCCCUGUCCUCCAAUCACACAGAGCCAUGUGGCAUAUCCGUCAAGCUGUAA